UCCUCCCACUCCGGGUGUCACGUGGUCGGAGCAAUCGGCCCGUGCGAGAGAUCGGAGGAGGAAGAUGGCGAUGGCGGGCGAGAGUUUGAUGCGGAUGGAGGAGGUAAAACAGCGGGCCGCGGCCGGCCGCCUGUGCCUCGUCAUCCACGGCAAGGUGUACGAUGUCAGCGACUUCGCCGCGGAGCACCCCGGCGGCGAGUCCGUGCUGCUGGAGAAGUCUGGGAAGGACGCGACGGAGGCGUUUGAGGACGCGGGUCACUCGGGGGACGCGCGCGACAUCAUGCAGCAGUACUACAUCGGCGAGCUUGAAACGGAAGGGUCAACGUCGGAAAGGCCGCAGGCGAAGAAAAUACCGGGGUGCUCCUCGCCGAGGUCCGCCAAAUGCUGCUGCUGGCUGUGGCUGGCGCCGGCGGUGGCGGUCGGGUUGGUGGUCGCCUGGCGCUACUACCGCAGGGCCUAGCGGGGGCCACGCGGGAGCCACGCGGGAGCCACGCGGGAACUUUCCAGCCAGCCCGGCCAGCCUGUACGAGGCCUCGGGAGCUCGGCAUUCCGUACGCUGAACCUUCACUCGCAGCCUAGCCCAGCCACUCGACACAAUGACUCAGAACUCGGCCCGCAACUAGCUACCAACAAAGCCCAGCUAUCCUCAACCAAGACUUGUCAUCAUCAUCAUCAUUCAUUACGCCGAUGUCGUGCCUCACACAAGCGUAAAAACAAGUGCCGGGAGCGGCAACCGAUGCAAAUCGAGAAGCACAAUUGAACGGAGGACUCGUGGACUCAGAUUCACAAUAAUUUUUCAAAAAAAAAAAACCUUGAGUACCAACUCUGCACUACCAGCUCAGCCCUGCCACCCUGUUGUACCAGGACCUGACCCUACCAACUCAGCCCUGCCACCCCGCACCUAUCAGCACACAGACCUGACGCUCGGCCAGUCCCGCCGGCUAGCCUUCCCAGCUAAGGCGCGUGACCCACUCUGCACUACCGGCUCUAGCCCAGGGGUCGGCAAAACCUGCGGCUCUUGAGCAGCAUGCAGCCCUUUAGAGGAAGCGCUUCGUGUACGUUAUUUAUUGAGGACCACCACCAUCUCGUAUUGACCACGUGCAUUGCGCGGCUCUUGAGAGAUCGAUUUUAUUUUUACCGAAUAAAAAAAAAAUGUUAUUUCCAUUGCCGACCCCCGCGCUAGCCCGAGGACUCGUCACCAGACCCAGCGUGCUACCUGCUUAGCCCUGCCACGCUGCGCAAGGACUACAGCUACUCGGGUUGCCCCUUCAGCCGGCGCAGUACCGUCGGCAGAACAGGCUGCGGACUACCCGACAUCAACUGCGUGCCUGAGUACCCAGCUGUUUCCAGCCCCCCCGUCUUCUCCCUCCAGAGGAGAGGCCGACGAGAAACAUGGAAACAUGUGCCCACCUCGCCCACCUCUCCCUGCAUUAGCCCUAGGGGCUCGCUCUCUCUCCCCUGCUUUGCCACGGUGGCUAGGAGAUGUUAACUAUCUCGCCCGGUGUGCAGGAGGUCGUGGGGUUCGAUCCAGACCCUGACGCCUGCUGCUGUAUAUUUGGAGUUUGCAUGUCUCUCAUCAUCAUCAUCACGGUGGCUAGGAGAUGUUAACUAUCUCGCCUGGUGUGCAGGAGGUCGUGGGGUUCGAUCCAGACCCUGACGCUUGCUGUGUAUUUCGAGGUGCGUUUCUCUCUCCCCGUGGUCGCUCGGAUUUUUUUUUUCUCUCCGGAUCUUCCGGAUUUUUGUCCCCUCCACAUUCAGAAUCAACGUCGCACGUUCAGAGUAUUUGGCUGCGAUGAAUUUCCACGAUGAUGAUGAUAAGCCACUUUGGUGGAGCUGUAAAUUGUGGCCAGUUCAAUUCUGAAAGAGAGCUAUACAGCUCGGUGGGCCUUAGCCGGUAAAAUAAAAAUAGUUAUGAGUUUAGCUUUUUACACCGCUAGCCUGCCCACUGGCGAGCCCAAACAUUGGUUGCUGCGUCGGGUUUAUUGAGCCCAGGUACGGGCCGUUUGGCUCAGGGGUCAGAGACACUGAGCUGGCAUUCCCUGGGUUUGACGCCCGGUUUCAGCCGCCCUUUGUAUUAAAACCCAGAACGGCGUGCGUGUGCGCGCGCGCGUGUGUGUGUGCGUGAGAGUGGUCCUUGAUAGGUGCUCGCUAUAACAGCACUCGCUCCAAACAGUCUGUUCAGGCUAUACGGGGGGAUCUUUUGUCUUUGAAUGGCCUGCGGAAGCGGAUAUCAUAGAACAUCUUGUGAGAUCCCUUCAUAGUAACUUUUUAAAAAAUGAAUUGAAACACUAUGGGGGUGGGGGGGGGGGCAGGGCGGUACUUUCUUGCCUGCCCCUGCUGCAGAGAAAAUAUUCGUCCACGCGACAACCAAAAUGAUAUCGUGAAUUGUCAGGGGUGGAAUUCGGCUAAACUAAGUGCAGAACCAAAUUGAAUGUAAUCGUGGUUAUGUUUUUUUUUUUACACAAAGUAAUUGGCGACCAGGCUGAGGGCCAUCGCCUCGCGAGACUUGAGAAGUCUGGUUCUCAUUGCAGGGCAGGAUUGGAACCCGGACUUCUCAGCGGUGCCGGCUCCAGCGCCUCGGCUUGGUCGUCUUAAAAAAAAAUCGUCGAUCAAAUUUGUGAAUUUCUUUUACAAUAAUGUAACCAACGUGACCAGCGGUGUUCGUAUAUAUUUCUAUAUAUUUGUCGUCGCAAAGAGACUUAACGUUUUUUUGAGUUGAAACUUAACAAAACGUAUCCCGAUAAAAAAAGAAUAGUUUUUUUUUUGCCUUCCUGGCAAUAAAUCAGGAGGUGACAAGGUGUUCAAACACCAAAUAGACACACACCUAUUGCAAGGCAUCAAGUCUGCAUUAACCACACGCAUUUGUGGUAAAAUAUGCAAAACAAACAUGCACUGAUAAUAGAUGGCAUUGUCUUUGAAACGGAUUGGCCUACGCCAGAGACGGCCUCCUUUAGGGCCUUCCCACUGGUGUUAGAUCAGAGAACAACGCCAAAAGGCGGACAGCGCAAAGGCAAUGUAAAUAUCACAGCAUCAAUAGCUCGGGUUUGAGCAGAUGAAACGUAAUCCGGUUGGCCAGGCAGACGGUCGUAAAGGGAUGUGGCCAAUCGCGCGCGGUUAUAUUAACCCUUCUUGGUUCUUUCGGUAAAGUCACGUCGAAGGGAAGUAAUAAAAUAAUAAAAAUAAAACAUAAUAAAAUAAUUCUCACGACGUUUCGGCCACAACGCAAGCAGCCG